AAAAAAAAAAAUAUCUUGUGCAACAUGUGAUGACUAGUAGCUUGGUCCUACAUGCUUAUCCAGAUAUAUGCUGGGAAAGAAACAUCAAAAGGAGGCAAAGAGGCUUUCAUGGGACCACAAUGGAUGAUAUUUGCAAAAUACAUUGUGGUUAAGAUAGAAUUUGUGGACGGUAAUUCCCGUGACAUUUAUGGAGAAGCUGGGUAUGAUGAUGUUAUUGGUUGGUUCGAGCAUGUAUCGGAGAAUGCUUGCAAGGUUCAAAGCGAGACUCUGCGCCGGAUUCUUGAGCUCAACGCCGGAGUGGAGUACCUGAGGAAGUGGCUUGGGACUGUUGAUGUAGAAAAGAUGGACGAUUAUACCUUGGAAACUCUCUUUACUUCCUUGGUGCCUAUUGUUUCACAUGCUGAUUUAGAUCCUUAUAUUCAAAGAAUUGCAGAUGGAGAGACUUCUCCAUUACUUACACAAGAACCCAUCACUGUUCUGUCCCUCAGCUCUGGAACAACAGAAGGGAGACAAAAGUAUGUUCCAUUUACUCGUCACAGCGCACAAACUACUCUUCAGAUUUUUCGAUUAUCAGCGGCUUACAGAUCAAGGUUUUAUCCAAUAAGGGAAGGAGGGAGGAUUCUUGAGUUUAUAUACGCCGGGAAAGAAUUUAAGACGCUAGGAGGAUUGACAGUAGGAACGGCCACAACACAUUACUAUGCGAGUGAAGAGUUUAAAACUAAGCAAGAGACAACAAAGUCCUUCACUUGUAGCCCACAAGAGGUCAUCUCAGGGGGUGAUUUCGGGCAGUGCACGUAUUGUCAUCUCCUACUUGGCCUCCAUUACUCCAGCCAAGUAGAGUUCGUCGCCUCUGCUUUUUCUUACACUAUUGUCCAAGCUUUCUCCUUUUUCGAAGAAAUCUGGAGAGAGAUAUGUGCUGACAUCAAGGAAGGCAAUCUUAGCUCAAGAAUCACUCUGCCCAAGAUGAGAAAAGCUGUAUUGACUCUGAUCAGACCAAACCCGUCUCUUGCUUCUCAUAUUGAAGAGGUCUGCACAGAGCUGGAAUCAAAUCUCGGAUGGUUAGGGUUGAUUCCAAAGCUUUGGCCAAAUGCAAAAUUUAUCUCCUCAAUCAUGACAGGUUCCAUGCUGCCGUACCUUAAUAAGCUGAGGCAUUACGCUGGCGGUUUGCCUCUGGUGAGCGCAGAUUAUGGGUCAACCGAGAGCUGGAUCGGUGUGAACGUUGAUCCUAAUCUUCCCCCAGAAGACGUGAGCUUUGCUGUGAUUCCCACUUUUAGUUACUUCGAGUUUAUACCACUUUACAGGCGGCAGAAUCAAUCAGACAUAUGCAGUGACGGUGACUUUGUCGAAGAGAAACCUGUGCCGCUCUCUCAAGUCAAACUCGGACAGGAGUAUGAACUUGUGCUAACCACUUUCACAGGUCUUUAUAGAGGAGAAGCAGAGGAUAAGGCUCUUGAAGAAUGUUGCAGAGAGAUGGAUACUGCUUUUGUGGACUAUGGUUAUGUUGUGUCGAGGCGCAUGAACUCGAUCGGACCGCUCGAGCUGCGAGUUGUGGAACGAGGUACGUUUGGAAAAGUGGCGGAAAGGUGCGUUGGGAAAUGCGGUGGCUUGAACCAGUUUAAGACCCCUAGGUGUACGACCAAUUCGGUUAUGCUUAACAUACUUGAUGAUUCUACUAUCAAGAGAUUUCGCAGUUCGGCUUAUGACUAGAAAUCUGAUUUCUGAAUUUAGUUUUGGUGUUUUUAUCUUUGUGAUUCUAUGGCGGCUGUGUUAGUGUACUCGGAUUUGACCAUUUACAAUGAAGAAUAAAAGAAUAAAAAGUUACUUUUUGA